AUGUUCAGUGCAAAACGAAAGCCAAUGCAGUUGAAAAGAUCGCUGGACCAGCUCAAGCAGAUGCCUCGCGCUCUCAGCAAGGGGAAGAAAGACAGCAAAAUCAAGCUUGUGCCCGAGAGCCGCCGCGUCUUCAAGGACUUGGUCUUUUUCUUCUUUCCCAACAAUGACAUCAAUCUCGCCCGUCGCAGGAGGAUCGCAAAGGCAAUAGAGUACGGAGCAUCAUGGGUUGUGGAAUGGUGCGACGACAUUACACAUGUGAUUGUGGAUAGAGAUCUGCAAUUUGAACACUUGACGACCCAUCUCAAAAUCGACGCUUUACCUCAGCACAUCGUCGUUGUGAAUGAGAACUACCCGGCGGACUGCAUCAUGUACCUCGAUAUCAUCGACCACAAGCAGCCUCAGUACCGUAUACAAGGAUACGAGUUAUCUGAUGCUCGCUCAGUUGGUGCUCAGUCAUCGAACCCUCUAUCCCAUGCUCCCUCGGCUCAAGACAAUCAAGGACCAGAGCAGAAAGAUUCGGCAGAGGGAAGCGCUACAUCAGGAGUAUAUGCUGAUGCGUUGGAAGAUAUAAUUGCUGGCGCAAAGAACGCCGAUUACCUUCCGUUGAAGCCUCUUGACCUGGAGGACGAGGAUUCUUCACCGCAGACGAGCGAUAUCGAGGACUCGGAUACCGAGGAUGAGAGGCCAAAGAAGGUAGCCAAGACAAGCGUUGAUCAACACGCGGGUUCUUCGGAGCAGUUUCAGUGUAUGAAGAAGAACGACGGAAAAACUAAAGACACAAACGCAAAUGCCCGCACAAUAGAGGUCUUGACACAGAUGGGACACUACUACGAGAAGAUCAAGGAUGAAUGGCGCUCGCGAGCCUAUCGCAAAGCCAUCUCAGUCCUUCGCAAGCAAGACCGCAAGAUAACCACGAAAGAAGAAGCGAUCCAACUUCCCUGCAUUGGCAGCCGCCUUGCCGCUAAGAUCGAAGAGAUUGUCUGGACGAACCGUCUCCGCCGGUUGGACAACGCCCGUCUUGAGCCGGGUGAUGAAGCUCUGCAGACAUUCCUCAAGAUCUAUGGAGUCGGCUUGUCCAAAGCCAGCAAGUGGGUCAUGGCCGGCCUGCGAACGCUUGACGACCUCAAGAGCUACGGAAUUCCCCUCACGCCCGCCCAGCAAGUCGGCCUCACCCACUACAGCGAUUUCAAUACCCGUAUUCCUCGUGACGAAGUGACGCAGCACGCAGCAGUCGUACGCGCCGCCCUUCAAGCCAUCGACCCGGCCUGCACUGCUACCGUUGGCGGGUCUUACCGCCGCGGCGCCCUCGACAGUGGAGACAUCGAUGUCCUAAUCUCGCAUCCAACUGCCGACCUCGCGCGCCUUCAGCAGAUCGUCUUCGACGUGCUGGUCCCGGCACUCACGGCCUCCGGCUUUCUCAAGGUCGCCCUCGCCACGCAUCGCAGCGGCAGCGGCAGCCGCGCCAACAACACGGUUGACUGCGGCACCAAGUGGCAUGGCGUGUCCGCUUUGCCCGCCACCAAUCAUGAGAAAGGAAAGAAGGGAGAUGGAAUCUGGCGCCGCAUUGAUUUGCUGCUUGUGCCCGAGCCGCAGCUCGGCGCCGCACUCAUCUACUUCACGGGAAAUGAUAUCUUCAACCGGAGUAUCAGGUUGCUGGCAAGCAGGAAGGGCAUGCGCUUGAACCAGCGGGGGCUGUAUAAGGACGUGUUGAGGGUAUGGGGCAGGGAAAAGAUUACCGAAGGAGAGCUGGUGGAAGGGAGGAGCGAGAAGAGGAUCUUCGACGUGUUGGGUGUGCCGUGGAGGCCACCGGAGCAUCGAAUUUGCUGA